AUGGCAUUGCCUUUGAAAGCCCUCCCAGUAUCGUUGUUGCUUUUAGCUUUUAUAUUGCCGUAUUUCCUUGCUAAUGCCCGUCAUGCAGGGGGAGGUCAUCAUGAAAACUCAGUAGCACGUGCGAAGCACUAUGGAUCAAAAUUGAAGCCCAGUCGUUGGCAAAACGCACAUGCGACCUUUUACGAGGGAAACGCAAAAACAUUCGGUGGGGCUUGUGGUUAUGAGGAUGUAGCUACACAAGGCUAUGGCACGGGUACAGCAGCGUUGAGCAAAACUUUGUUUAACAACGGCCAAACUUGUGGUGCUUGUUAUGAGAUCAAAUGUUUCAAUAACCCUCAAUGGUGCAAGCCUGGACAACCAUCUCUCUUUGUCACGGCCACCGACCUUUGCCCACCAAAUUUGGCUCUACCAAAUGACAAUGGAGGAUGGUGCAACCCACCUCGUACACAUUUCGACAUAGCCUACCCUGCAUUCUCUCAGAUUGCUGAGUACAAGGCUGGCAUUGUCCCAAUCCAAUAUCGAAGACUUUCAUGUCAAAAGAAAGGAGGGAUUCGAUUCACAAUUACUGGGAAUCCUUACUUCAAUUUAGUCUCAGUAUGGAAUGUCGGAGGCGCAGGAGAUGUUGUUGGCGUGGCAGUGAAGGGUGAUAGAAAAUUGAAAUGGACGCCUAUGAAACGAAAUUGGGGUCAAAAGUGGGAGAGCAAUGCAAAGAUGACUGGAGAGUCGCUAUCCUUCAGUGUUAAAGCAAGUGACGGUAGAACAUCAACCUCAUGGCGUGUUGUGCCGAACAACUGGCAAUUUGGCCAAACUUUCGAGGGAAAGAACUUUAGUUAG